AUCCUGAAGGCACGGUGGCCAUCCCCCAGAUACGCAGCAGGUGCUCCCUGCGUUCCCGGUGCUGCAGUGCGCGACGGGCAACCUCACAGGGGAGCUCCGACGCCCAGCGGAGCACCCACGAGCCCGUGCUGCAGGCUGUGAACGUGUCGGGGCUUCAGAGGAAGAACUGUGCUCAGCUGGGGGGACGUUUCUGUAGAAGGAAUUCCUGCUGGACUAGAUUUUGACAUAUGCAGAGACAAGGAGGCCGGGCAAGCCAACCCAGGAUGUCAGGAGCAAUGGCUCAGAGAUGAGAAACAGUAUGAAUAGGCCGCACCAGGAGUUCCCCCUGGAGAGAGAAUGUGAGGAAGAACUGGGAGAGCAGGCUGAGGCAAGACCAUGGACGGGCUCAGUCCAGGCGAUUCUGACCUGGUUCCCCGAGCGGUAGGAAGGAAGGAGAUGGAGGCCGACGGAGGAGAAGAUGGGAGGCAGCAAGGCCAGGGAGAGGCUGUUAGAAUCUGAACCUUGCUGCAUGUGUUUCCUAGACCCAAGGAGACAUGCUCAUUCAGUCCAUCUACAGACGUCCUGCAUUAUGAAGCUGGGACGGUGUCGGAGCGUGAAGGAAUUUGAGAAGCUGAACCGUAUCGGGGAAGGCACCUAUGGCAUUGUGUACCGGGCCCGGGACACGCAGACGGAUGAGGUUGUUGCCCUGAAGAAGGUGCGGAUGGACAAGGAGAAGGAUGGGGUCCCCAUCAGCAGCCUUCGAGAGAUCACACUGCUCCUUCGCCUUCGCCAUCCGAAUAUCGUGGAGCUAAAGGAAGUGGUUGUGGGGAACCACCUGGAGAGCAUCUUUCUGGUGAUGGGUUAUUGUGAGCAAGAUCUGGCCAGCCUUCUGGAGAACAUGCCGACACCCUUCUCUGAGGCCCAGGUCAAGUGCAUUGUGCUGCAAGUGCUCCGAGGCCUUCAGUAUUUGCACCAGAACUUCAUCAUCCACAGGGACCUGAAGGUGUCCAACUUGCUCAUGACCGAUAAGGGCUGUGUGAAGACAGCGGAUUUCGGCCUGGCCCGGGCCUAUGGCAUCCCAGUGAAACCCAUGACCCCCAAGGUGGUCACACUCUGGUACCGAGCCCCCGAACUGCUUUUGGGAACCACCACGCAGACCACCAGCAUCGACAUGUGGGCCAUGGGCUGCAUCCUGGCCGAGCUGCUGGCCCACAAGCCCCUUCUCCCCGGCACAUCCGAGAUCCACCAGGUGGACCUGAUUGUGCAGCUGCUGGGGACGCCCAGUGAGAACAUCUGGCCAGGCUUCUCCAGGCUGCCUCUGGUGGGUCAGUACAGCCUGAGGAAGCAGCCAUACAACAACCUCAAACACAAGUUCCCGUGGCUCUCGGAGGCUGGCCUGCGCCUGCUGAACUUCCUCUUCAUGUAUGACCCCAAGAAAAGGGCAACGGCCAGAGAUGGCCUGGAGAGCUCGUACUUCAAGGAGAAGCCCCUGCCCUGUGAGCCGGAGCUCAUGCCCACCUUCCCCCACCACCGCAACAAGCGGGCCAUCCCAGCCACGUCUGAGGGCCAGGGCAAGCGCUGUAAACCCUGA